UCGGCCUUCGAAGCCCACGACCCGCGCUUCCACAGCAUCACAGGCGCGAAUCCCGCCCUAACGCUCCUCCUCAGCAGCGCAACCAACACGCCGUUCGCGCACGAAGCGAGCGUGUACAUCGCGGGCACCAACACCCUCUACCUAACAAGCAACAUCCUCACCGACAGCGCAACCAACACCUCGAGCAUCCAAAUCUCGAAGAUUGCUCUAGACAACCACCCGCUAACCGCCGAAGUCCUCCACCUAACCCCAGCAAUCCCGAACCCGAACGGCGCAACCGCACACGACAACGGCAUCCUCUUCUGCGGACAAGGCACAGCAACCGCACCAGCCGGGCUCUACCAGCUCACACUCGACCCGCCCAACAACAACACCGUAACCCCGGUCCUCACCAGCUUCUACAGCCGCCCAUUCAACUCCCCCAACGACGUCGCCAUCCACCCCGCCGACGACUCUAUCUGGUUCACGGACCCGGACUACGGUUAUAUCCAGGGUCUGCGGCCGGCGCCUCAGCUUCCGAAUCAGGUGUAUCGGUUUGAGCCUUCUACGGGAGCUGUGAGGGUCGUGGCGGAUGGGUUCGACAAGCCGAAUGGCAUUGCGUUUGCGCCCGAUGGGCUGACGCUUUAUGUUACCGAUACUGGCGCUGCGCGCGGUGAUGGCACGGUUGAUCUCGCUCGUGUCGCCACUAUAUACGCGUUCGAUAUCCGCGCUAGAGAUGGAGAGCCGUUCUUAACGAACCGGCGGGUAUUUGCUAUGGCGGAUGCGGGCGUGCCUGAUGGGAUCAAGGUGGAUGCGGACGGCAAUGUGUAUGCUGGUUGUGGGGACGGGGUUAAUGUUUGGUCUGCUGGGGGUGUUUUGCUAGGGAAGAUUCUGGUGGAGGGCGGGGUGGCGAAUUUUGGGUUUGCGGGGGCGGGGAGGUUGUUUUUGAUGGGGGAGACGAGGCUUUGG